CGAGUGUUGAGAGUGACGUCAUUUAUGUUCAACAAAAACAUCUCAUUUAAUGCCAACUGUUAUGAUAUGACUGUAAAUCACAACUCAAUUACAAUUGCAUUGACUUUGAAUGCAAUUAAUGUUGAAAUGUAUUAUUAAUUUGUGUUUUAAUGGUUUGAUUGUGUGCUACAGUUAACAGUGAUUUGGAAACAAUACUUUUGUAUAUAAUAGUGAAUCGAUAGUACAAAACAUAUAAAUUACACAUCAAUUGAAUUAAUCGAGAAAUAUGUGGAAAGUUAGGGAACUCUACGAUAAGGCCACAAAUAUUGUCAUGAAUUACACGGAGGUUGAGGCCAAAGUGCGAGAGGCGACGAACGACGACUCGUGGGGUCCGACGGGACCGCAGAUGACGGAGAUAGCGGGCCAUACCUUCACGUACGAGCACUUCCCGGAAGUGAUGGGAAUGCUGUGGAAGCGUAUGCUUCAGGACAACCGCACCAAUUGGCGGCGCACUUAUAAGGCACUGCUUCUGCUGUCAUAUCUCGUGAAGAAUGGAUCCGAACGGGUGGUGACGUCCGCCAGAGAACACAUUUAUGACUUGCGAUCGCUGGAGAACUACUCCUAUAUCGACGACUUAGGCAAAGAUCAGGGCAUUAAUGUGAGACAUCGCGUGAAGGCGUUGAUUGACUUCAUUCAAGACGACGACAAACUCAGAGAAGAGCGAAAGAAAGCCAAGAAAACCAAAGACAAGUUCAUUGGCGUCGCGUCCGACCAAAUGGGUCUUCACAGCAAGUAUAGCGAUGGCUGGUAUGACCCACCGGUUCGUAAGCCUGACAUCGAAGACGACAGCUUUGGUCGCAGUGAACGCAGGGCUAAGAAAUUUGAAGACACUGUCAGUGAAAAUAGUUUUGAAGACAAACCCGAAUCGAUUGAUUCGGAAUCGAUCGGCGAAUCGACUAAAUCCAGCGAUAGAUCCCGAAGUGAUGGGUCGGCCGUCAGUCCUCGGCGAGCGGUUAAGAAGGAGACCAUCAAGAAGAUAGAUAUGGGCGCAGCUGUCAAUUUCGGCAAAACCGAUGGCAACUCUCAACACAAUCAGACCUCAUCUCUCGUAGAGACCACACCUUCCCGAGGGAACACCAAUAAUGUCAACCAAAACAAGUCUAACGAACUAUUACUUGAAGAGAUUUUUAGCACAAACUCUGGUUUCACAGCCAAUGACUUGACUUCUAAUGUCAAUAACAAUAAUAAUUUAAAUCUAACUAAAAAUCUAAUGAAUAGUAAUAAUCAUAACUUUAAUAAUAAUAGUUUAGAAGACUUCGCAGACUUCUCGGCAUUUCAGGGCAGUUCUGCCACCAAUUCAUCAGUGGAUGAGUUCGCGGACUUCGCCACAGCUUUGGGUCCAACCAGUGCUCAAACGUCACAAAAUUUAUUGUCCGAUAACUCUCUUCUGAUGCAAUCAUCGAAUCCUUUUGAAGGAACUGCCAGUACUUUGCCGCCAAUUAUGGGCUUAAACACAAUGUCCGGUGUGCUCACGCCUACCAACAUAUCCUUGAAUACCAGUGCGAACUCAACCGAUUUGUUCUCCAAUUUGGACCAAAAGGUGACAACAAGUUCUCCGACCGGUGUCUCGCAAAACAACACGUGGAGUGACUUAAGUAAAAAUGUCAACAUUAAUGUCGAUAACUUAAUGGGCAGUAAAUAUGAGAAGCAAAACGCGCCCUCAAUGAACCAAUUGGCCCGACACGUCAACAACCUCUCGAUCGCACCCACAGCUCAACCGCCACUGUCUCCGACUAAUAAUUUUGGUUUUGGGUUAACCCCUACUCCUAUGCAGAGACCAUUAGAUAUGAAUUCUGCGCGAAUGCCUCAUAUGCAGAGUCCGGCACCUAAUCUAUGGCCUAAUGAUAAUAGACAAGGAUUUGGAGGUAUGGGUGGCAUGUAAUGUAAUUAAUGUAAUGCUAUGGCAAUCAAAAAGUUUACAAAUUGUUAAAAUUCUAUUACUGGUUACCACAUCAAUGC